AUGUUGAUUAGACAAUCUAAGACAUUACUUGAUCAAUCUAAGACAUUGCUUGAACAAUCUUACAAAUUGUUUAGACAAUCUUCCAUAUUGCUUGAACAAUCUAACACAUUACUUGAUCAAUCUAAAACAUUGCUUGAACAAUCUUACCUAUUGAUUAGACAAUCUAACACAUUACUUGAUCAAUCUAAAACAUUGCUUGAACAAUCUUACAUAUUGAUUAGACAAUCUAGCACAUUACUUGAUCAAUCUAAAACAUUGCUUGAACAAUCUUACAUAUUGAUUAGACAAUCCAGCACAUUACUUGAUCAAUCUAAAACAUUGCUUGAACAAUCUUACAUAUUGAUUAGACAAUCUAACACAUUACUUGAUCAAUCUAAAACAUUGCUUGAACAAUCUUACAUAUUGAUUAGACAAUCUAGCACAUUACUUGAUCAAUCUAAAACAUUGCUUGAACAAUCUUACAUAUUGAUUAGACAAUCCAGCACAUUACUUGAUCAAUCUAAAACAUUGCUUGAACAAUCUUACAUAUUGAUUAGACAAUCUAACACAUUACUUGAUCAAUCUAAAACAUUGCUUGAACAAUCUUACACAUUGAUUAGAAAAUCUAACACAUUACUUGACCAAUCUAACACAUUACUGUACUUGACCAAUCUAACUCAGUGCUUGAGCAAUUAUAAACAUUAA